UAAGGCAUGUUCCCACACGCUUUGGCUUGCAUUAGUUUCUUUCGGGUUCAGCUUGUUAUUUUCACUUUGGUCGUCAUUCGGGAGUCGGGACACCAUCAAUUCCUUCUCUCUUCCCAACCACGAUCAUCAUCUACCAGCUGCGUUUGAUUCCCAACAAGAACAGGUUUAUAUCAUUAAGGAAAAUAUUGGACUCCGUCGUUGCAAGGGGCAACCGUGACAUCCUGUUCUGGGCCACCAAGACUUUCGACGUUUCUUCCAUUCGUGUAUAGCCUCCUUUGUUGCGAGCCUGGACAAACAAAGGUGUUUGUUCUUAACGACUCUCCUCGUUUCCUUGCUUCUUACUGUGCAUUGGUUACAUGGAUACCAAUAGCCACUAUGCACAAGCACUCGCUUUCAGUUCCAACUGUACCCGCCUCUGCCCCCACCUCACCCGCUUGUACUCGUCUGAACCGAUCAGAGCGGCUAUUCGCGGCACCAGUAACUCCCCAGCGUUUAGUCCGCCCUCAAAAGGCUUCGUAUCGAUCGCCAGUUACCCCCGCAAGCACUUACUCUACGCCAUAUACACCAUUGAGCCUCCGUUCAUUCUCGACUGCAUCAAGUUCAACUAUAACCACCCCAGGAUCGGCUUCUAGCUUUAAUAAACGUUAUACUGCGUCUCCCUCGACCGAAAAUGAUGCAAUUUUUGUGGACAAGAGUCUUGCGGACAUAGCUGAGAAUUGGCGCUCGCGUGCCAAUGACAACGGUAUUAAAGUCUCAAGUGCAGAUGACUCUAAUUAUGGCGAUGAUGAAGCCAGCGAUUUAACUCAUUCUGAUAUGAAUUGUACAGGUUUCGUAACCGAGGAAGCACUUCUCCCUCCGCCGUUCUUUGCAAUUCAUCGGCGGUCUCAGACGAUCUCCAGCACAGCAUCACCUCGCACCCCGCUCUCACCAUAUGCUCUGAGAACCCCCGCUCGCCGCGCUCUUGGAGUGCUGAAUACACCGCCACCAAAACCAACAAACGUCAGCCAGUUAAAAUUCAAAGGAAGCUUGACUGAUCCCGCGCACACACGACGGCGGCCUUCAUUUGGGCAGAUGUCUACCGACCUCUUCGACAUCGACGAGAACACUUUUGAACCUUAUCCUCAGUCAUUCCCUUCAGCUGAAUCUUUCUCUUUGCACGACCCAUUCUUCGGUUCCGUUCUUCCAACGAUUACGGAGUGUGUUCAACAGCAUUUCGGCGAGUCGUUUUUCCAAGCAAAUAUGCAAUCGAACGCCACCGUCACCUCGUCAACAGCCUGCUCUGUCUGCGGUCGUGACGGCGGUCGAUUUGCAAUCCUCAAGCCGUGCGAACACCCUCUAUGUUCAGGAUGCCUUACAAGUGCCCUCAACAUCGUUGGUGAAAAAGCCAUGCAAUGUGCUGUUUGCAAGGAGUCCGUCGUAGAUUUUCAACUUCAAAGCCGGCCAUUUGAUGACAGCUCCAUGGUCUCAUCUUCACCUCAGCAUUUUAAUUUCCUAUCCGCUUUCACUCCACUAGACAGAAGUUCUUCUCCCUUGCAACAACGCCCUCGCAGAGCCAACAGACCUCUGUUACCCAGCUUUGAGCCCGUAGCUUUUGCGCCACCCAUGGACCAAUUCCCCGUCCAUUUUCAACGGGAUUUGUCCCCUCCCAACUUUACCCCAGCCCCUAAGCAACAAAGAGUCGACAAUGUGGUCCUUCGCAUUGACAAUGUGCCUUGGGAUAUAACUCCGCCAGCUAUCAUUACCUGGCUCAAGCAGCCCGUCGUCCGAGUGCAUGUUCUAUUGGAUUCGCGGGGUAAAACUCUCAGCCACGCAUUUGUUGAGCUUGGCACGGAGGAGUAUGCGAGGGCUGCUUUACGUGGCGUGCAAAACUCUGUCCUCGGCAAAGGCAAGCGUGCGCGGGGGGUCACCGUCACUCGCAGCUCGCAGGAAGAGCUGAUGCGUUCUCUGUUCCCGACAUGGAAAGGCGGUUUCGAGGGCUCUAGAUUAUCUUUCACUAGCUUGAGGAAUGAUCAGGUUAGGGGGGCGCUCGAGAUGGGCAUCAUCACCGACGCGGAACUCAAGGCCUUGUUGCACCUCGUGCAGUCACCUGGCUCGCACUUCCUGAAAGUUCCCUCUCUUCCCUUCCAUUUCCUCAUCAGCAUCCUAUCCAAGUUCCCGGUGGACGUUGACGGUCGAGUAUUCUGCACCAACAACCUUCGAGAUAACUUGUUCAAUCUGACUUAUUCGGCGUUGGGUCUUCUCAUGACAGGGGUGGGGAAUGCGAUAACGGAAGGAUCUCAUUUGCUGGAUGAACUUCUUCAAGCUGCGGUGACUUGUCAAGCCUUUGCGCCACAACAAGCCCAGAUGAUUUCCAGUCUAGUGAGGCCUUCUAUUCCGCCGUUUGUUCCCGCUUUCCAACUGCCGGGCGGGCACUUCCGCACUGACAGCGGCGUCUUCAUCCGUGACAACGAUAUCCCUGUCCCUAGUCCAUACGCCACUCUCUCCGCUCCUAGCCCUCACGGUACUGUUCCUGCUCUCGGCCCAUACAACGACAUUGCCCGAGAGUUUGGCGUUGAUGAAGAUCUGAUUCAAAAACUGGCCCAGAGGCUGAACGUUCUGCGGUGAUACCCGGAUGCCUGCUUCUUCAUUGCACCACGACCCACUUGUUCCGGACCUUACUCCUAAGCAUGACGUGACUUCAUGAUUAUUUUCUUGUUACCUCAACGU